CUGCCGGGAGGAAUCCAUGAGCGCACGACCUCGGCUAUGGACAUCGUCCUGUCGGAUUUUGUUCGCUCAACGGGGGCAGAGCCGGGACUGGCCAGAGACCUGCUCGAAGGCAAGAACUGGGAUCUGAGCGCAGCCCUGAGUGACUUUGAACAGCUAAGGCAAGUGCAUGCCGGCAACCUACCCCAUUCCUUCAACGAAGGACGCAGCUAUAAACCCCCCGAAAAAGAGGCAGCCCGUCCCGGGCGACCACCGCUCCAGCGGCAGGAUGAUAUCGUGCAAGAGAAACGCCUGUCUCGAGGCAUUUCCCACGCCAGCUCCACCAUCGUCUCCCUGGCCCGGUCCCACGUCUCCAGCAACGGCAGCAGCGAACAUCUGCUGGAGAUGCCCAUCUGCACCUUCCAGCUGCCCGACCUCACCGUGUACACCGAGGACUUCCGCAGCUUCAUCGAGCGAGACCUGAUCGAGCAGUCGAUGCUGGUGGCGCUGGAGCAGGCUGGUCGGCUGAACUGGUGGGCGAACGUGGAUCCCAGCUGCCAAAGGCUGCUUCCCCUGGCCACCACCGGCGAUGGGAACUGCCUGCUCCACGCCGCCUCCCUGGGUAUGUGGGGUUUCCACGACAGAGAUCUCAUGCUUCGCAAAUCUCUUUAUACCUUGAUGGAUAAAGGCGGGGAGAGGGAAGCCCUGAAGCGGAGGUGGCGCUGGCAGCAAACGCAGCAGAACAAGGAGUCCGGUCUGGUUUACACCGAAGAGGAGUGGCAGAAGGAGUGGAACGAGCUGAUCAAGCUGGCAUCCAGCGAGCCUCGCGUGCACUACGGCACCAACGGGGCCGGCUGCGGAGGCGUUGAAAGCUCGGAAGAGCCGGUGUACGAGAGCCUGGAGGAGUUUCACGUUUUCGUCCUUGCCCACGUGCUGAAGAGACCCAUAGUGGUGGUGGCAGACACGAUGCUGCGGGACUCGGGGGGAGAAGCCUUUGCCCCUAUUCCCUUUGGAGGGAUCUAUCUUCCCCUGGAAGUCCCAGCCAACAAAUGCCAUCGUUCUCCGUUGGUCCUGGCUUAUGACCAAGCCCAUUUUUCUGCCCUGGUAUCCAUGGAGCAGAAGGAACCCACGAAAGAUCAAGCUGUGAUCCCCCUGACGGACUCCGAGCACAAGCUGCUCCCCGUGCACUUUGCCGUGGAUCCCGGGAAGGAAUGGCAGUGGGGAAAAGACGACAGUGACAACGUCAAGCUGGCCAGUGUGACGUUAUCACUGGAAGCAAAGCUGCACUUGCUGCACAGCUACAUGAAUGUUAAAUGGAUCACAUUGCCUUGUGACAUGCAGGCGCCUUUGGCCCAGCCAGAAUCUCCUACAGCCUCUGCGGGCGACGAUGCUCGUUCAGCUGCGGAGUCGGGAGAGUCGGACAAGGAGUCGGUCUGCAGCAGUUCAGCAAGCAACGGUGGCAGCAGGGCUUGCAAGGACAAAGAGAAACCAAAGAAAGACCGAGAAAAGGAGAAGGAGAAGGAUAAAAAACGGGCAGACUCGGUUGCCAAUAAGCUGGGCAGCUUCGGCAAGACUUUGGGAAGUAAGCUAAAAAAGAACAUGGGUGGCUUGAUGCACAGCAAAACGAUCAAGGGAGGUGUGAGCAACGGGCAGGGAGAUACCUUGGAGAAGAAGAAGAAAGGGUCCCUGAAGUCAAGGAAAGGCAGCAAAGAGGAAUCUUCCCAAGGAGACUUGUCAGCUCCCGUGGAGAAGACCUGCCCGGGUAAAGCAGCCCCCGAAAAGCCGUCGGACCCCUACAAAUACAGCAACGACGUCAGGCUGAGCCUGAGCAUCCUCCGGGCUGCCAUGCAGGGAGAGCGCAAGUUCAUCUUCGCCGGCCACCUCAAGACCAGCAACCGGCACCAGUACCAGGAGGAGAUGAUCCAGCGGUACCUUCUGGAUGCCGAGGAACGCUUUAUGGCUGAGCAGAAACAAAAGGAGGCGGAGAAGAAGGCGCUGGGGAGCGCUGCCCCUGCCAAGAAGCUGGAGCCGGAGGCGAACACCCACAAGGGCGAGGAAGUGGUGCUCAACCCCGCGUACCCCCAGCCUCCCCCUGCGUACACCAUCCAGACGCCGGAUCUGGCCGUAGGCGCUAAAAUAGCAGCUUUUCCCUCCGGCUAUUCGGGCGUUUUCACCUUUCCCAGACCCUCCGUGGUCAACAGCACGGAAGGGUCGCAUCCCCCCAGCUAUCAAGACAGCAGGCGGCAGGUAGCCGGGGGGUCCUGCAGCAGCCUUCCCCCCUACGCCACCUUACCCAGACAUUGCACCCAGGCGCGGCCGAGUCCCUACCAAACCAGCCCUUCCCACCUGGGGAGAUUCUCCCCCACGGACAUGGACGUCCAUCCCGCCUACCCGUCGGAGUGCGACGGCUCAGCCUGCCUCCCCCCGCACAGCAACGGCUACAGGGAAUACCUCGAGCAGGACAGCUCGCAGAAAGGAACGCCGGCGGACAAAAGCAAAAGCCGAGUUCUUUAUAACGUUCAGCAGACCAAAUGCAAGCAGCCGAACUGCAGUUUUUACGGACAUCCAGAAACUGGGAAUUUCUGCUCCUGCUGUUACAAAGAGGAGCUGAAACGCAAGGAGCGGGAGGCUCUAGUGCACAGGUUCUGAGCGCCCUGCCCCGGCGCUGGUCUUGGGACCCAUGAAAGAUUGGGGAAUGCAAUAAUAUAUAUAUAAUUCUUUUUUUAACCCCCCCCUCCACGCUCCUCUCCCUGUCUGUGGAAGGAGGGAGCGGGUAUUUGGCCGGAUGGGCUGAGAAAUGGGAUUCGGCUGGCGUGAUGGAGGUGACGCGGGAGGGAGAGGGGGCGAGAAAAACCACCGCCCCCCUCCCGGAGACCCCGCCAGAGGCGGGAGGAUGCUCUUAAAGAGGCUUCUUCUGGCGAGGGGCGACGGGGCUUAGCGGAGGGCGUGCUCGGGUGGGAGCGCAGCGGGGAAGGGGUUCUUCAACACGAUCCAAUAAACCAGACCAAAGCUUUCGGAGGGGGCGAAGGGGGAGCAGCGCCCCGCCGGGUCCUUCCAGCCGGACUCCGACGUCACUAACUGCCCAGAAUUGAGCGCAAACGCCCCAGCAAUUUCAGUUGGAAUGUCACAGACCUUUUAAUUGACAGAUUAUUUUGGGUUUUUUAACACUGUUUUUAUUUUGUAUUUCUUUUUGCUGGUACUGAGCGAAACUUAGUUGGAAUUGGAUGUUAUUGGGGGUUUUUUUUCGGUUGAACUCGUCCGAGCCCGGCCCCAUCGGAUGUCUCCGAGCAGCGGGCUCGGGGCUCUCCCCUUCCGACGGGCUCAACUUUGUUUUUCAAAUGUUAUUUUUUAAACUCUUUCUUGGGGUGGGAGGGAGGCGGAGGGGCUGGUCACAGUGCUUGAGUGGUUUUGAGGUUUUUUUUUCCUGCAGAAGUACUGUGCAAAACCGUUCUGUUCUCGGUACGGUCGACCCGACUUAGUAAGAAUUGAGACAAGAAACAAGGUCAGUGUCUCCACCCAGCAAUAACCAUCGGCGUGGGGAAGUAGAGAGGACAAAGAGCAUCCCGCGGCACCGGGAGGUAAAUCCGCCGCGGGCUGCCGGGCGCUUGCAGCCCUACGUGGACACACACACCCGCGAUAACUCUUUCUACUUGAGCAAGCUGCUUCCGUACUACCUCUGUUCUGCUGAAUCGAAUUAACUCGGCUCCAUUUUGCUGAGCCACGUAACUGACCUUAGGCUGAGGAAUAUUAAAAAGAUAUUUUUGAUAAUAGGGCUAAAGAGCGAAACGUUAUGAACCCGUAACUAACUGACGCACUCGAUGUGGUCCACUACGUUCCCUUCUCCCCCCGUCCCAGCCCCUGCGGCGUAGGAUGAACCGUACGCUCCCGCUCACGUCUUGCAGGGUGGGUUUAACUUUAGCACUGCAAUGUUUGCACAGAUUAUUAUUUUUUUUUUUGUAACUACAGCUCCCAAGCCGGACUCGAUCCUGUACAGAGCAAGGUUCAGCGUUUUACCACAUGAAAAUAAAACAUGAAUUAUACCGAUAAGUCA